AUUUACGUCAUUUUGUAAAGAAUGGUGUACACGCGUCACGUAAACUAAAAUGGGAAAAAUAUCUGAAAAAGCAUAAACGUAACUCUUGAACCACAAUCUUGUUUUAGUCCCGAUCUACAAUAGGUAAUUUAAGCCCUUAAGAAAUUGAGUACUCUCUUCAUACUUGACUGUGAUUGGUCAAUAUGCGACGUGUACAUGGCACUUGUCACAACGAAGUGUGAAUUGAGGAUAUAAAAGGAACAUUACAUUGAAUCAUGGAUAGUGGUCAAACGAAAAAUACGAAUUCGCAGUUUAUAUCUUUUCACGAUUUCCCAUCGAUGAGCCAUGCCAGUAAUCUUGAGGGACAAAUGAAUACUGGGACUUCCACUCACCAGCCUUUCAAUAACCUGUCAAAUGAUUCUACAGGUAUCGGCAUGAUAGAAGACCUACAAGGAAUAAAUACCGAUAAAACAGACGCUGCUGCUCAACACAACUUUUGGAAAGUCGAAUAUUAUCAAAAAUUCUUCAACGUCAAUACAAACGAUGUCUUGGAAAGACUCAAGCGAUCCAUGGUACCACAUGGUAGCGAUAAUUAUCUUAUAACGCAUAUAAGACCAAAUCCAGAUUUGUACGGGCCCUUCUGGAUAUGUGUAACUUUAGUAUUUUCCAUUGCAAUCAGUGGGAAUAUGGCAAACUAUUUACAGACUGCCAGUUCUGCCAAGUAUCAUUGGAAGUAUGAUUUUCAUGUUGUUUCAUAUGCAGCCACUUGUAUAUUUUUAUACGCAUGGCUUCUACCAUUAGCCCUAUGGGGCGCAUUGAAAUGGACUUACAAUUCAAGAAAUACUGAAGAAGAGCUAAUUCAGUCUUACGCUGCCCCAGGACUUUUAGAACUUUUAUGUCUGUAUGGAUAUUCUUUAAGCAUUUAUAUUCCAGUAGCUUUUCUAUGGACAAUUCAAAUUGGUUGGUUGCAAUGGAGUUUAGUCAUACUAGCUACAUUUUUAUCUGGAGGAGUUUUGUUACGAUCAUUGUUACCAGUGAUUACAGGUAAACAUAGAAUUAUAUAUAUUGCUGUAAUUCUGGGUAUGCAUUUAUUGCUAGCAGCAGGAUUUAUGCUAUAUUUUUUCCAUGUGCCAUCAAAGAGCACUGUGCCAGUCAUGGCUGAAUUAGUAGCUUCCUCUACGCAAACCAAUGUAUUACAUAAAGCAGCACAAAAUAACAGUUAUGUAGGAUCUACAUCAUCUUAAAAUGUCAUCUAGAUGCAGAUCCUCAUGAUAGAUAAAUUUUGGAGACUAUUAGGGAGAAAUUUAUCUAUAUUCGCGCAUGUAUAUCAGAUAUUAUUUUAUUUAAAAGAAUAUUAUAUAUAGCGCCGACUUUUAUAUAUCUACUCGUUGAAUAAAUAUCGUGCUAAUUAUCUCAGCGUAUCGAUCUUCGUUGUAUGUAAAAUUAUAUUGUAAUAUUUAUAUUGUGAUUGAACUCUCGUAAUAAGCAAGUUAAGAAUAAAUAAAUUAAGAAUA